AUGGCGGCUCCGGCGGCUGACUCGCAGCUCCAGCAGCGUCUCCAGCAGCUGCGAAAGCAGUUCGGCAGCACCUACGACUCGUACGCACCCGAAACACCAGACACACCAGGAAGCACUAGGGCAAAGCUCAGCCACCAUCACCGCGUCCCCCUUCAGCGGGCCAUGGUUACAGACCUUGACGCCCUCUACCGCGACGCUUUCGCCUCUUCGCAGGUGCGAAUGUCAGCUGCUGACCUUGAGGCCCUCCUCCGCCUAGUGCCGUCCUUGACAGCGCUGAGCGAUUUCCCUACCCCAGAUGCGCCACUCCUUCUGAUUGUGGUGCGCGCUUUUCAACCCCGAGGCAGUGACGCGCCUACCACGCGGGUGUCAGACGCGGUCUUGCAGAGCGUUCUACUGGACCUAACGCGUCUUCUACACUACCCAGAGCCGUGGUCUGAAGGGUUCGCCCAGGUGGAGUUGGCCAUCCGCACCACGGCUGCAGCACUCCUCGCGCCCCUCUUGCGAUACUUUGUCGCCAGCGCUGAGGAAGCGGCAGUGGAAGCACAGUGGCGUCAGUGGCAGGAGUUAGCCAACCACACACUCCUGGACAACGUGUGCACGUGGAUAACCGGACUGGAGGCGGCGCAGACGCAGUCCGGCAACGCCGAUACACAAAGAAAACCGUCUACCCGGGGGACGAACACAUCGACAUUGGCGCUGUCACCAACGACGACAGCGGCCCUGCUUUGCCAGAUGCUGAGCUUUGUUGUCGCCCUCGUGGAGCACCCGUGCGCCCGUUCCCUCACCACCGAGUCGUGGACGUCGUUGCUGUCGUCUGUUGUAUCCGUCAUGGGACAGCCUCGGGACGCCACCAAGAAGCCGGAGCUCGCUUACAUGGCGCUGCAUGUUGUGCUCGGCGUGCUAGAUGCCGGCGUGGUGCCGCCAGGUGUGUGCAGGGAGCUGGCUUUGCAGACAGUGGCGAAGUCCGUGCCGCACGGAGAAGCGGAUGUCCCAGCCCCGCUGCCCGUCUCGUCCCUCUCCAGCAACACCCUCAACUACGCCUCUCUCUUCGUCGCGUAUGUACGACUGGUGAAAGCGGUUUUGUUGCUGGAGGUGGAGGAGAGCCCCACAGGUAGCGACACAGCGAGGGACACAGCAACGCAGCUGCACGCCGUUCUUGCCGGGCUCGUAGAGAUGUCCACGCAUGUGUACCUGGAGAAGGUCGCAUCUCCGGCAGCGGAGUCAGACGCUGCCGAGGUUCGAAUGUCCCUGCUGUCGACUGUCGUGAAAGACUUGCUGAGUGUGCGCAAGGAAAGCCGCAGCUCGUCACUGCAGUACACCCGGUAUGUGCAGGGGAUGCUCUUGGGCCACACCCCCGUCGUCCCGUACAUUAUCACACAGCUGCUGCGAGACUGCCAGGCUCAGAUGGGGCUGCUGACGACGUCGCGUGAGCUCACAGCCCUCAGCACAAACACGGAGGUCCUUCAGGGUGUUUUUCUGUGGUCCAUCCACGCCGCCAUGGAUGAGGGACUAUUGGAUGUGUCGCACCGCGACGAGGUUUUCACCGCCUUGCCAUGGGGUCUCUACGACGCUGUAGAUGCCGUCGUUGGAGAGCUGACCGUGUGCCUUGCGGAGGUGCUCUUGACGCAUCCAGCGGUGUGUGCGCACAAGAACGUAGCGGUGCUCGUGGCGCGCGUCAUCUCGUGCGAAGGACUCGCGUUGCUGCUGCGCUUCUUGUUUUUCGUGAUGAUUCCGUACGGCGUGGCGGACAAUGUAUCGUGGAACGCUCGCUACCGCGAGUGCCUGUACGCAGCUGAAGAGCGCGUCAUGCGAACGGUAGCUGCGUUCGACUCCGGGUCCCCACAGCUGCUGACCGCCUUCACAGAUGCACUAGACGAGAUGCACACGGUUCUUGGACCCACGGCGGCGAAGGUGAGCGCGCUGCUGCCGUCGUCCACACGAUCCUCAUUAGCUCCUGCUGGAUGUCAAGGUGCGCUAGACAAACUCAUGGAAGUGAUUCCCAUCUUCUAG